AUGGACGAGGUCGAUCGUGAGCUCAUCCGAGCUGAAGAGGAUGCCUUACGGGGUAUCUCCCCUUCUGCAUCCAGGGCUAACCCCGAGCAUCCAUACCGCCGUGCCAGUAAUGAAGUUGAACGAGUUGUUUCGGCGUCGUCUAUAUCGACGACUUCUAGUGAUGACGGUAUGACGCAUAGAAACCAAGGCGGUAUGAGCCGUAUUCCCACACAACGAGACCUCGAACGACAUCCUACCGAACUAAGCCGUAUUAAUACCGCCCGAAGCCAACACAGUGCUACCGUUGGACGAAGCCUUAGGAGCCGUGAGUCGAGAAAACCGUUACCUGCCUUCGGGGCCGGGAAGCCCUUCCCGCCCCCUCUACCAGACCAAGAAGAAUAUGUUGUCGAGUUUGAUGGCCCUAAUGAUCCUUAUCACGCUCAGAACUGGUCUCUUAAAAAGAAGUUACUCACAGCCGCUAUGCUCGGUUACACCACAAUGACUGCUGCUUUCGCCUCCAGUAUUUUCUCAGCCGCUACACCAUAUGUGGCUAAGGAAUUCGGCGUCAGCUCCGAAGUUGGCAUAUUAGGUGUUUCUUUGUUCGUGGUCGGUUUUGCAACCGGCCCGACAUUCUGGGCGCCGCUAUCCGAGUUAAAGGGGCGGCGUUUGCCGAUAGUUAUAGCUAUGUUCGGAUUUUCGAUUUUCUCUGUUGCUUGCGCAACGGCCAAGGAUUUACAGACACUCCUCAUCUGCCGAUUCUUUGCCGGUUUCUGCGGUGCUUGCCCGCUGGCUGUCGUUGCCGCCGUCUUCUCGGAUAUGUUUAACAAUGCCACUCGAGGUGUUGCUAUUACCCUUUUCUCCAUGGCUGUCUUUACUGGUCCCUUGCUAGCUCCUUUCGUGGGAGGUUUCAUUGUGACAUCUUAUCUCGGAUGGCGCUGGACAAUGUAUGUCGCGAGUAUCAUGGGUUGGGUAGCGUUCGCCCUUGAUCUAAUUUUCUUGUGCGAGACUUACCCUCCCGUGAUCUUGAUCGAAAAGGCCGCCGAGUUACGUCGUCGUACUAAGAAUUGGGGUAUUCACGCCAAACAGGAAGAAAUUGAAGUCGACUUCAAAGAGCUGCUUCAGAAGAACUUUACUCGUCCCAUGCGACUUUUGUUCGGAGAGCCAAUUGUCACACUGCUUUCGAUCUACAUGGCUUUCAUUUACGGGCUACUUUAUCUCUUCCUGACGGCGUAUCCUUUUGUUUUCACAGGAAUACACCACUUCAACUCUGGUCAGUCUGGUCUGGCCUUCUUUGGCAUGAUUAUCGGUCAACUCCUGGCAGGUGUUGUAGUGCUGCUCGAUCAGCCUUCGUACCAACGUAAGCUGGCUGCCAACAAUGGCAUACCUAUCCCCGAAUGGCGUCUCCCUAUUGUCAUUGCCGGUGGUGUUUCGUUUACUGGUGGUAUCUUCUGGUUUGGAUGGUCGGGAUACCGAUCAGACAUCCACUGGAUUGUCCCUGCCGCCUCAGGUAUCCUAACCGGUUUCGGUCUUAUGGGCAUUUUCCUUCAGGCUCUCAACUACCUUGUUGAUGCCUAUCUUAUGUUUGCCGCCUCGGCUAUCGCAGGCAACACAUUCCUCCGAUCUCUCUGCGGUGCUGGGUUCCCUCUAUUCGCGACAUAUAUGUUCAAUGGGCUCGGAAUUCAAUGGGCGUCUACGUUGCUAGGCUGCGUAGCUGCUCUGCUGGUACCUAUCCCAGUCAUGUUCUACCUAUACGGUCACAAGAUCCGUGCCAAGAGCAAGUUCGCCCCAUCACUUCCCGGAAACACGCCGGGCUUUGCCUCCAACUCUAGCAAUGAUACGGCAGUCGACGGAGAGAUAAUAGAUCACGCUGCCGCGGCAAAUGCCCCAAAGACUAAUGUCGAGACCGAAAAGGCCUAG